ACAACUAUAUAAAACUACAUUAUUAAAUUAUAAUAUUAAAAUCAACCACUACUCUACAAUAAAUAGUACUAAUAAUAGUAAUAGUAACAAUAGAAAUAAAAUGAGUAUUAAACCAAUUAUUUGCCCAUCAUUAUUAUCAUCUGAUUUUUCAUUUUUAGCAAGAGAUGCAAAUUAUAUGCUCGAUUGCGGCGCCGAUUGGUUACAUAUGGACGUUAUGGAUGGACAUUUUGUACCAAAUUUAACUAUUGGUGCACCAGUUAUUAAAAGUUUAAGAAAACAUACUAAGGGUCAUUUAGAUUGCCAUUUAAUGGUUACCAACCCAGAGUUAAUGAUUGAAGAUUUCAAGAGUGCUGGUGCAGAUUCAAUUACAUUCCAUAUAGAAGUAACAGAGGAAAGAGGUAUUACAAAUCAAGUCAUUAAAAAAAUUAAAGAUGCAGGUAUGCAAGUUGCAAUUAGUGUUAAACCAAAAACACCAAUAGAAUCAAUUUUCCCAUACAUUGAUCAAUUAGAUUUUGUUUUAAUUAUGACAGUAGAACCUGGUUUUGGUGGUCAAUCAUUUAUGAAAGAUAUGAUGCCAAAAGUUAAAUUACUUCGUCAAAAAUAUCCAAAUCUUAAUAUUCAAGUUGAUGGUGGUUUAGAUCCAAAUACUAUUGAUGAAGCUGCCCAAGCUGGUGCCAAUGUUAUCGUUGCAGGAUCUGCUCUUUUCAAACCAAAUCAAGAUCCAAAAGAUACAAUUAAAUUAUUUAAAGAUGUAAUUAAUAAAAAUAUUCCAAAUUGGUCACAAUAAUUAAAUAAUAAUACUAAUAAUAACAAUAAAAAUAAAUGGUU